CCCCUAUUCUGCGUUCCACUGGUGCCCUGGUUACGCCACCUGUGGCUCAGUUGCACAGCCGCCUGGUAGGUGACUGGAGGCAUUGAGCAGUGCUCACUGGUAUUUCGCUGAUGUGGCCCCAACCCCGCCUCCCUCCCCACCCCGCGAUGUCCGAAAAAACACAACAGGGGAAAUUGGCCGCAGCCAAGAAAAAGUUAAAAGCAUAUUGGCAGAGGAAGAGCCCUGGCAUUCCAGCAGGAGCUAACAGGAAAAAGAAAAUCAAUGGCAGUAGCCCUGACACAGCCACUUCUGGUGGUUACCACUCACCUGGGGAUUCAGCAACAGGUAUCUACGGGGAGGGCCGUGCAUCCUCUGCUACCCUGGAGGAUCUCGGCCCAGGGCCGAGCCAGUACCAAGAACUAGCAGUGGCCCUGGAUUCAAGCUCCGCAAUAAUCAGUCAACUCACUGAAAACGUCAAUUCACUGGUUCGCACAUCUAAGGAGGAGAAGAAGCAUGAGAUACAUCGGGUACAGAAGCUUGGGAGGAGCUUGUUCAAAUUCAAAAACCAGACGGCUGAACCCCUGGCCCCAGAGCCCCCAGCAGGGCCAUCUAAGGUGGAGCAGCUACAAGAUGAGACCAACCACCUAAGGAAGGAGCUAGAGAGUGUGGGAAGACAGCUCCAGGCUGAGGUGGAAAACAAUCAGAUGUUGAGUCUCCUGAACAGGAGACAGGAGGAGAGGCUAUGUGAACAGGAGGAGAGGCUACAUGAACAGGAGGAGACGCUACGUGAACAGGAGGAGACGCUACGUGAACAGGAGGAGACGCUACGUGAACAGGAGGAGAGGCUACGUGAACAGGAGGAGAGGCUACGUGAACAGGAGGAGACGCUACGUGAACAGGAGGAGAGGCUACGUGAACAGGAGGAGACGCUACGUGAACAGGAGGAGACGCUACGUGAACAGGAGGAGAGGCUAUUUGAACAGGAGGAGACGCUAUGUGAACAGGAGGAGAGGCUGUGUGAACAGGAGGAGAGGCUAUGUGAACAGGAGGAGAGGCUACGUCAACAGGAGGAGAGGCUACGUGAACAGGAGGAGAGGCCACGUGAACAGGAGGAGAGGCCACGUGAACAGGAGGAGAGGCUACGUGAACAGGAGGAGAGUCUGUGUGAACAGGAGGAGAGGCUACGUGAACAGGAGGAGACGCUACGUGAACAGGAGGAGAGGCUACGUGAACAGGAGGAGACGCUACGUGAACAGGAGGAGAGGCUACGUGAACAGGAGGAGACGCUACGUGAACAGGAGGAGAGGCUAUUUGAACAGGAGGAGAGGCUACGUGAACAGGAGGAGACGCUACGUGAACAGGAGGAGAGGCCACGUGAACAGGAGGAGAGGCUACGUGAACAGGAGGAGACGCUACGUGAACAGGAGGAGAGGCUACGUGAACAGGAGGAGAGGCUACGUGAACAGGAGGAGAGGCUACGUGAACAGGAGGAGAGGCUAUUUGAACAGGAGGAGAGGCUACGUGAACAGGAGGAGAGGCUACGUGAACAGGAGGAGAGGCUACGUGAACAGGAGGAGACGCUACGUGAACAGGAGGAGAGGCUACGUGAACAGGAGGAGACGCUACGUGAACAGGAGGAGACGCUACGUGAACAGGAGGAGACGCUACGUGAACAGGAGGAGAGGCUACGUGAACAGGAGGAGACGCUACGUGAACAGGAGGAGACGCUACGUGAACAGGAGGAGAGGCUAUUUGAACAGGAGGAGAGGCUAUUUAAACAGGAGGAGAGGCUAUGUGAACAGGAGGAGAGGCUAUGUGAACAGGAGGAGAGGCCACGUGAACAGGAGGAGAGGCUGUGUGAAGAGGAGAAGCUGCCAGGGCAGGAGAGGCUGCUGGAAGAGGUGGAGAAGCUGUUAGAACAGGAGAGGCGGCAGGAGGAGCAGGAGAGGCGGCAGGAGGAGCAGGAGAGGCUGCUGGACGAGGUGGAGGAGCUCCUGGAGCAGGAGAGGCUUCGGCAACAGGAUGACAGGCUGUGGCAGCAGGAGACUCUGCGGGAGCUGGAGAGGCUGCGGGAGCUGGAGAGGAUGCUGGAGCCGGGGUGGGAAGCCCUCUACGAGCAGCGGGCCGAGCCAUGCAGCGGCUUCGAGGAGCUGAACAACGAGAACAAGAGCACACUGCAGGUGGAGCAGAAAGCAAAGGAGCUGAAGAAAUCAGGUGGAGCUGACGAGCCAAGAGGCUCCGAGUCUGCAGCAGCAGCCAGACCAGUACCGAGCCCCAGUCCCACAGGAGCUUGGGUGUGCGGACAAGCAGGGUGGACUCCCCAGGAGCACCCAGGCUUGGGUGGAGAAGCUGUUGGUACAGGAGAGGCAGCAGGAGGAGCAGGAGAGGCUGCAUGCCAUUCUUUUCAGGCUGCCGAGAACAGGGAGAUAAACAUCACCAUCAUCUAAGAGCUGCUCAAGAAAUUUAAAAAAACAAACAAAACGUUUAAGGGGUUAAUAUCCUACACAAUUCAUUUACUUCAUUUGAAUGUUAGAGCCACUUAUGUUUGUGUUUCUAAUUUAUAGUUUAAAUUUAUUUGUGUUUCUAAUUUAUAGUUUAAAUUUAUUUGUGUUUCUAAUUUAUAGUUUAAAUUUAUUUGUAAAAAGUUAAA